ACACUUCCUUCGUUCCUUUGCUUUUUGAUUUCUUUUUCUCUGAACCACAAUCGCGUCGCUUCUCCUCCUAGGGAUUCACAGCCAUGGGAGCUCCGCAAGAACUGCCUCCUCAAAAUUCGUCAUCCAUUCGUCACUGUCGCCGAGGUAUUCCAGUUUGCUGAUAAGUACAGGAGGUCCUACAACAAUGCCUUGAAACCCUUUGUGUGCCCCUUCUACUGUUGUUACUCUGGUUAUCAGGAUGAGCUAUUGUGGGGUGCUGCCUGGCUGCACAAGGCUACCAAGAAUCCAAUGUACCUAAACUACAUUAAAGUUAAUGGCCAGAUCCUUGGAGUUGUAGAGUUUGACAACACCUUUGGGUGGGAUAACAAGCAUGUUGGAGCAAGAAUACUUCUUUCCAAGGAAUUCUUCGUUCAAAGGGUAUAAUCCCUUCAUGACUAUAAGGGCUAUGUAGACAAUUUCGUUUGUUCCCUAAUUCUUGGGACCUAUUUCUCUUCCAUCCAUUAUACCCCAG